ACUUGUAACAGCUGCGUCGUAGAAUGCUUGUAUUUCAAAUUUGACGAUUUACGACAUUUCCUGUUAAAGAUUGACAUAUUUAAAGAUUCGACGUGCCUUAUGACAUAUUAGACGUUAUGGAUGAUGAGAGCCUUGCUGCCGAAAAUGCUGCUCUUAAACGAAAACUACAAAGCAAAGCUGAAGCUCUUCUUAUAUUGAGCCGUGAACUUGCUAAUUGUAAAAGGGAAAGAGACUAUUUCAAGGAAUAUAUUGACAAAAAGCAAAUAACAAAAGAGCCAAAGGAAUUUAUUGAUUUUGAAGUGAUAGAUGUCUUGCCUCACAAGAAUGAGAGACGUUUUGUCAUUUCGCCUGAAGUUGAAGAACUUAAAAAAAAAUUAAAAGCAGCCCACGCCGAAUUGAAAGAACUUAGGAAAGAGCGAGAAUGUCAUAGCGGCGUAGCAUGGCACCAGCGGGAAGAACUCAUCCAAGAACUGGAAGAGUCAAAGCUGAGGACAAGAGAACUAGCGUCGGAUCUCCAGGCUUUAAUCGAUGAGAAGGAAGAACUUGUAACAGAACGAGAUGCCUACCGAUGUAAAGUCCAUAGGCUCAACCAUGAAAUCUCCAUCCUGUUAAAAUCAAAAAUACCCAUGGAUAUUGAUGCCUUAAUCGUUGAAAACAAGUACUUAAAGGAGAGGUUUGAUCAAUCUUUAGCCGAAAAAGAAAUGACUCAGCAAAUGCUUAGUAAAUAUAAAGCAAUGCUUGAUAAGAAAAAAAUGAAAGGUACUGUGAAACUGGGUGCGAACAAUACUUGUGGUGGGCUUGUUGUCACUCAUAAGCAAGUGCAGCAGCUCCUUGAAAAGGACUUUUCGUUUUGGAAGACGCAGAAUUUAGAACUGGCUAUGGGUGAUCUACGGAGUCUCUCUCUCGCCCUUCUUGAGUCACUACAGGAUAAAACAUUAGCUCUUUUGCACCUUAGAAAAACCAACAAAAUACUUGCUGAUAGAGUCAACGCUCUUGAGACAGAAUUGUCUAAACGAUCAUCAGUUUUCCCAUCUCAAAUACUCCUCGAAGGGCAUUCCAAUUCGCAAAUGGACAAAAAUCUUAACAACAUUGUAAAAGAAUACAAAGAAAAUAUGCAGGCUACAAAUAAACCGGAAGAAGAAUACACAGAAGAAGGAGGAAUUGUUCAAGUUCCAGAUAAUGAUGAAGCGCUUCCCCCCUACCUACAAGAACUUGUGAGAAAAGCAAUGGAAGAGAUCACAUUGAAUUCUGGUGCCUGUGAUUGAUUGAAGAUUUUUGUAAAAUAAAAUUUGAACUGUGAUUUAUUAUUAUUAUUAAUAUUAUCAUUAUUUAAUUUCAAUUACAUUUUUGAGUCUGUAUAUCAAUUGCAAAAAUACAAUCUAUAUAUGUUUUAUUGAAA